AUGCGUUUGAUGUCCGUGCAGGUGCGCAGCACCAUGAGGCUCAUGCCCCUCCGCCUCCCACUGCUCAGGGGCAGCAGGGGCAGCAGGUGUGUGGCGGCCAAUGGUGGUGGCAGCGGCAGUAGUGGGGAGAAGAAGGAGGCGGGCAGCAAGAGGCAGCGGCUGCGGGUGGUGACACUGUGGUGGGGGUGCCGCAUCGCCGGCCCUUGUCGCUCUGUGUCACCGAUGUCCGCCGCGUUUGGUUUCGUCGGCCCUCACGCCACCUCCACCGCCAAGUCCAGCGCCACCUCCCUUCCUCGCCGCUCAGCGGCCCACAGGCAGCCUCACCGUCACCACCAAUCGUACGCUCGCCGCACCGUACGGACCCCUGCGGCAGCGGCCUCGCCUGACGCUCGGCCUGACGGUCCGCCAUCGCCCUCGCAGCCCCGUCCCGGCGCCGCCAUUCACAGCAGCGAGGACGGCAAUGUCAGUCUGCAGUCGGCGGUGGCGCAGUGGCAGGCAGCAGGGCUCAGUGUGGGCAUCUUCAACCGCACCAGCGGCCUCACAACCAACCUGCCUCCCGUGCCACCGACUCGACCUCCCCCCCUGCCGAUGGGCACCAUUCCCAGCGACUCACCCAACCGCACCGUGUACCGCGUCAAGCCUCAUCCUAAUCUGCACGGCCCUGUUCCUGCUGGUCGCGGCCGUCCUGGAGCCACGAGUUCUCGGUGGACGUCCUUGGGCACCUCCUAUACCUCCUGA